CUGCAACUUCCGGCGGGAGCCGGGGAGAAGUGGCGGUUGGUGAGCGUGAGCUCGGCUGCGUGGGCUGUGUGGGAGCUGCGCCCUGUGGCUCGUUUUUGCCGGGUCCGUGCGCUGCCGUUUCUGUUCCGCGUCCUCUUGGUGCUCCAACGAGAGUUCCUAGACAGCGGCUCGGAGUUAAAUCGCUGCCCGGCUUGAGGUCGAAAGGGGCGUCGGGGCCGACCGAGGGCCCCCGAAGUGGAGGCGGCCUGGCGAGGACCGGCCCUGGCAGUUGUGCACCACGAGUCCCACCGCGGGCACAACUUCAUUUCAGGAUUAACAGUGGUGAUUAAGUUCGGAUUAUUUCAAGAUGAGCUUCCUGUUGCCCAAACUGACUAGCAAAAAAGAAGUAGACGAGGCGAUAAAAAGCACUGCGGAGAAGGUGCUGGUUCUCAGGUUUGGGAGAGAUGAGGAUCCUGUCUGUCUCCAGCUAGAUGAUAUUCUUUCUAAGACUUCUUCUGACCUAAGUAAAAUGGCUGCUAUAUACCUGGUAGAUGUGGACCACACUCCAGUUUAUACCCAGUAUUUUGACAUCAGUUAUAUUCCCUCUACUGUGUUUUUCUUCAAUGGACAGCAUAUGAAAGUAGAUUAUGGGUCUCCGGAUCAUACUAAGUUUGUGGGAAGUUUCAAAACUAAACAAGACUUCAUAGAUUUGGUUGAAGUAAUCUAUCGGGGAGCAAUGAGGGGAAAGCUUAUUGUCCAAAGUCCUAUUGAUCCCAAGAAUAUCCCCAAGUAUGACCUUCUCUAUCAAGACAUUUAGCACAUCCAUGGCUGUGGCAGAUGAAACCGUACCUAUAGCCAGCAGCGCUGUCUGCUGGGGUUCCCCCAGGGGCGUGGUUCACGUCCCAGCAGGGAGGUGUGACACCCAGCCCCUGAGCUUCUGCUUCCUGAGAGCCUCAGAGCUGAGCCAUGGCACUGUUUUUCCCAGGGUGAUUUUUCUGUCUUCCCUUUAUGCUGUGCUUUUCUUUAUCUCUUAGGAUAAGACAGAAGCUACUUAAACAUUGCGAGUACAACGUAGUUUAACCGAGUUUUCCUAAUGUAUAAGUAAAAUGGACAGCCAGUCCCAUAAGAACAGAAAUGCUUAUUUUCUACCUUAGGUAUAUUUGUACAUCUAUGCACAGCAUGUACACACACACACACACAC